UCGCUCCUCACUCCACCACCAUACAUCACUCUUCACUCCCGCGAGGACUACUCCUACCUCUCUCCCGCGCACCAAACCCACGACCCCCACCACCACCUGCUCCCCCAGCCCCGCAACCACGACAACACCCACCUCAGCCCCACCCACCAAAAGACCGGCCUCCUCCACAUCGCCGCCCAGAAAGGCCACGAGCGCAUCGUGCGCAUGCUCCUGCACCAUCACCAGCCGCGCCUCGACGCCAACGCGCCGGACAGCGAGGGCCGCACGCCGCUCAUGCACGCCGUCGUCGCGGGCCACGCGGCGGUCGUGCGCGCGCUGCUGGCCGCCGGCGCGCGCUGCGACCCCGUCGAUCACCGGCGGCGGUCGGUGCUGCAUCUCGCCGCGCUGUAUCGGCGGGAGCUGGUGUUGCGGGUGUUGCUGGGGGAGAUUUGUGGGAUUGGGAUUGGGGUUAAGCCGGAGGAGGAGGAGGAUUACGACGACGACGACGCCGACAACGAUGGUGGUGGUGGGGAGGGCGAUGUCCGAAGAGUCCGGGGACCGGGGAUGGAGUCCCUGCUGGGGGCGUGUGAUGCUGAGGGGAAUACCCCGUUGCAUCUGGCGGUCGCGGAUGGGUUUGAGGCGGGGGUGAUUAUGCUUUUGGAGGCGCAGGCGCGACGGUGA